UCUCAUCCCAAGAUGACGCUUGUAAAAACCGACAGAGGACAGAAUCCAAACAUUACACGUGUCCCGAACUAAAAGAGCGGAUACCGUGCACUUGGAAAGAUAAUCGAUGUCCUGAGGAUCGUCAAAAGUGCGAUGCGAAAAAACGAGCAUUGUCAAAGGAUCGACAAUCGAGAAAUUCCAAAUGUUCGCAGGAUAUCAGCACAAAAUGUAGCAAAACACGGCGGUCACACAAACGGUGCGAUUCGAUGAAGGAAAAGAAUAAAAAGAAGGAAAAGAAUUGUGAAUCAAAAUAUGAGAAACAGUGCGAAAAGCGUGACACCAUCGAAAAAGAGAGGCGAAAGUGCACCGAAAGCGAUCGAAAGCGAUUCGACAGUCGGAGAAAAAAUUCUUCCCGAGCCAGUAAUGAAAGCUGCCGCAAAGGAAAGGAAAAACGGUAUUACUCGCAGCAAUCGAUAUUUCCCAUCCCGUGGAAUCUUAACUCUUUCUUCACUUCGAUUCCUGAUAUUCUUGAUACGAACAUAAGCAAAACAACACAGAGAUUUUAUGCUAGUUGUAACAAAAGCGAAGAGGAACUAAAACAGAUUUGCGAGAAACGAAAGCAAAAGUGUAAAACUAAGAAAAAAGAAAAAAAAUGCGUGAAAGGUCCAGCUAAGUGUAUAUCGAGAAAGAAACCUAUUAAGAAAACCUGCAGUCAGUCUCUGCAAAAAGAGAAAGAUAAGAAAUUACGUGAACCCACCAAUCACGAGAAAUACUGUGCCAACAGAAAGAAAGCAUUUAAAAUAGGUUUAUUAUAUGUUAUAUUAUUGUAUUAUAUUUUUUUAUAUGUAUAAAUAUAAAAAGAUUACGUAAUAUAUUUUCAAACCCUUUUGUAAUUUAUGAAAAAGUGUACAGCAGUUAGUUCAUUAGCGUUUUUAUUAUAUUUUUAAAUAAAUUUUAUAUUUUCAUUGCAGACGAGAAACUGAUGAUAGAGAAACCAACGAAACCAUCAAUAAAAUCAUGUACUACAAAAGGUAAAUUCUAUAAUGAUUGAGUUCUGAAGUUCUUUUUUUUUCUAUUUUUAUAUUAUAUUUUAUAAGAAGAGAGAAGCAUCAUUAUACCAUAUUUUUAAUUAAUUAUGAUUAUUUAAUAUCUUCUUGCAGAUAAAAAGCCAAAAGAUAAAAAGGCACAAAUAAAAGAACAGACAGAUCGCGAGUUUAAAGAGAUAGAAGAAUGCAAAAAAA